AGUUGAGCAAAGAUAAGAUGAUCUUCUCUUGCUUGUCUUCCAUUACCAUAACUACCUAACCUAAGUUAUUCUCUUUGCAUACUCAAAUUUCUCCUGAAAUUCCAAUUUCCAUGGAAGCUGCUCUACAUUUCACUUCUGUAACUCCAUUUCCUCGCCAAAUUUCCCCCCUUUCUUCCUCUACAAUACCUACUAAUUCUUUUUCUUCAUGGACUGGUUCAAUUCUUGCAAUUGGGUUUUCUUCUAGAAACUCAUUUACUAGAGAGCUAUGGAAAGCUGUGAAUUCAAAGGGUGUUACAACAAGUGUUCCAAGAGAUAUGAGAGGGGUUAUUAGGGCUGAGAUGUUUGGGCAGCUCACUUCUGGGCUUGAAGCUGCUUGGACUAAACUCAGAGGCCAAGAAGUUCUAACCAAAGAAAAUAUUGCGGAACCUAUGCGAGAUAUCAGGAGAGCCCUGUUGGAAGCCGAUGUGAGCCUUCCCGUUGUAAGAAGGUUUGUUCAAUCUGUAAGUGAUCAGGCUGUUGGAGUUGGGGUGAUCCGAGGAGUAAAACCUGAUCAGCAAUUAGUCAAAAUUGUGCGUGAUGAACUUGUAAAACUAAUGGGCGGAGAGGUUUCUGAGCUUGUUUUUUCAAAAUCUGGUCCCACUGUCAUAUUAUUGGCUGGAUUACAAGGGGUUGGGAAGACGACCGUUUCAGCGAAAUUGGCGUUUUACCUUAAGAAGCUGGGAAAGAGUUGCAUGCUUGUUGCUGGAGAUGUUUACAGGCCUGCUGCAAUCGACCAACUUGUAAUUCUCGGACAGCAGGUGAAUGUGCCUGUCUAUACCGCAGGUACGGAUGUCAAACCUUCAGAUAUCGCUAAGCAAGGUUUAGCUGAGGCCAGAAAAAAAAAUAUUGAUGUAGUUAUUGUGGAUACGGCUGGUAGACUUCAGAUCGACAAGGCAAUGAUGGAUGAGUUAAAAGAAGUUAAACGAGCAGUAAAUCCGACUGAAGUUUUGCUAGUUGUAGAUGCAAUGACUGGUCAAGAAGCUGCAGCUUUAGUCACGACUUUUAAUUUAGAGAUCGGUAUUACCGGUGCUAUCAUGACAAAGCUCGAUGGAGAUUCUAGAGGUGGGGCGGCUCUCAGUGUCAAGGAGGUGUCAGGAAAGCCAAUCAAGCUUGUAGGACGAGGAGAGCGCAUGGAGGAUCUUGAGCCUUUUUACCCGGAUCGUAUGGCUGGUCGCAUAUUAGGGAUGGGAGAUGUUCUUUCAUUUGUAGAGAAAGCACAAGAAGUUAUGCAACAAGAAGAUGCCGAAGCACUUCAGAAGAAGAUAAUGAGUGCAAAGUUUGACUUCAAUGACUUCCUAAAGCAAACUCGUGCAGUCGCGCAGAUGGGUUCUGUGAGCCGUGUUAUUGGAAUGAUUCCAGGCAUGGCUAAGGUUACGCCAGCGCAAAUUCGUGAAGCCGAAAAGAACUUGAAGAUUAUGGAAGCUAUGAUUGAAGUUAUGACCCCAGAGGAAAGAGAGAAACCGGAACUCUUGGCCGAAUCUCCAACAAGAAGAAAAAGGGUUGCUCAGGAUUCGGGGAAAACUGAACAGCAGGUCAGUCAGCUAGUCGCUCAACUAUUCCAAAUGCGCGUCCGCAUGAAAAAUUUGAUGGGUGUAAUGGAAGGAGGAUCUAUCCCCGCCCUUAGCAACCUUGAAGAGUCGCUUAAAAUGGAAGAAAAGGCCCCACCUGGUACCGCUAGGAGAAGACGAAGAGCAAUGUCAAGAAAGCAAUAUGCAGAUUCAGGUACGGCUAGACCAAGUCCUCGAGGUUUCGGUUCAAGUAACUAAUGCAAAAUCUAGCUCCUAGGAACUGAAUAAACGAGAAAUGGCCAAAUCGUACACCACUAUUUGUCUCUUAAGGGCUCGAUGUAUAAAUUUUUGGUCGAUAUUUUCAACUCGAACCCACCAUGAAUUGCCGGCGGAACCCUGCUUAUUGAUGUAAUAUGUACAAUGCCUCUAUAUUGUAAACAAAAUCAUGUAAGUUUUGACUGUUAAAAAACUAGUCGAAAGUGUUCUCCAUAUUCAUCUGAA